GUGAUGAAGGAGUGAGCUUGGCUUGGUGUGCCGAGAUGUGAGACACACACAUACACGCACUGUGCAGGCUUCCAUCCCACCAACACUCCGUCUUACAACUGCUGGUACCGAAACCUGAACGAGGCGUCGGGCGGGCGGGGAAACAACCACCGGUGUGCCGCUAUAGCUGCUCCUGCUGCCCGGGGAGCAGGAGGGUCGCAUCAAUGCCUCCAGGUCUCCUCUCACAUACUGGCCUGGACCUGCUCUCGUCAUCGGGCCUCCUGCGCUGAGAUAAUGAAAGAAUGGCCGAGCAGCGAUGCGGGGACCACGGAGGACUGACGGAUGCUGCUGCAGCGACUCGCCGGGAUGAGCAGCAUCAUCACCAAACGAUGAAAUCAGCGGAGGAAGCAGGAGCGGAGGACCUGUGCUUGGAAGAGAUACUGAGGCUUUAUAACCAGCCCAUCAAUGAGGAGCAGGCAUGGGCGGUGUGUUACCAGUGCUGCAGGACGCUGGCGAAGGGACACCGGAGCAGGAGAAGCUCCUCCGCCGCCGCCGCCGGAGCAACAUCAUCGGCGCUUCCGGGGAGGAUAUCGGGACCGGGGGAUGUUAGGAUACAGAGAGAUGGGUCUGUUACCGUGGAAAACCAGGGCUGUGAAGGUAAAUACAGCCCUUGCACAACAACAGAGGUGAUCGAGUCUUUGGGCAUCAUGAUCUACAAGGCUCUGGACUACGGGCUGAAGGAGAAUGAGGAGAGGGAGCUCAGCCCUCCCCUGGAGCAGCUCAUUGACCUCAUGACAAACAUGGCUGAGGCCACGAGGGACAUCUGCCCCGACGAAGGUUAUGAGGCCACAGAGGAAGAAGACGAGGCAGAGGACGACCCUGACAACAUCUCCACUGUUCACGGCUACAGAGAUAUCCUCAAGCUGUGUACAGCUCAUCUGCCCAGCCUAUCAGAUGCCCCCAGUCACUACCAGGCAGUGUGUCGGGCUCUGUACACAGAAACCAGGGAGCUACGUACUUUCCUGGAGAAGAUCAAGAGUGCCAAAGAGCCAGGAGUAAGAUGGGACAUGAGCAGCCCUCACCCCCCGUCUGUAUGGCAGACGGGGAGGUGGGCGCAGGGGAUCCCGCCUUUGUCCAUCCACCAUUACCAGCCAAAGAGUCGCUUUGUCUCUCUACAAAAAGGCCUCCUGCUGCUGAGAGAUCGACAGAAAAGCAGCUGA